GACAUGUGCCCGAUUGUCACGCUGUAUUUUUUUACACAGAAAACGAACGAAAUCCGCAACACUUUACCGGCAGUCCAUAUAUUAAUUCUAACCUAUUUGGAGCACGAAAACCAAUUACCUCGGUCACACCAUCAACGAUCGCUAAUGGUUUAA